AUGCGAAGCAGGGCGCUAACUGCUCCCAACAGGUUUUCACGAGCAUGGAAAAAGAGCACAACGAAAAACAAAAUCCAUCAAGUAAAUCGACACGCGCAGCGAACAACUUCGGAUGCACUUGCUGAGCAAGAUAUGACAUUCAAAGCACAAAACUUACAAAAAAUGAAAGAUGUGUCGACUGAACUGCACAUCUUGUUAGCGUUGCUGCGCUCAAAAUACAAAGUCAGAAAAUCAAGUGCAAGGAGAAUGAACAAUUCGCGCAAUUCGACAUUGAAUUCGAAAACGAAAAAGUAA